GAUUCAUCAAUCGUAUCACGGAGCCAGUCACAUGGUUCGAAUCACAUUCAUUAUGAGAUCAGUUAAUCGCCGGAUCGUGAAGCAGAAUUAGAGCAUUAAGGCAGGUCACGCUGAGGGAGCGGCGGAUACUUGGCCCCAACGGACCGUAAAUCUUUGAUCGCUAUCGGGAUUUGACUUGUGACGGGAGAGGAGGGGCUGGGAGGGACAAAGAAGGUAAAGUUUAUUACCGGUCAGGUAUCAAACGUUUGGCUUUGCAGGAUCAUUUACUGUUCUUUGGUUCCUUAACCUGCGUGUCCGGAGUCUAUGGUUGGGGGCAUUCGUAGGAUUUGUGGCUCUCUUGUUAUUAUCCAGGUUGUGGAUGACGGAUUAUCGUUGCCCCCUUUUCUGCGGAUGCCCGUGCGUCCUGUUUCGGAGGUAGGUUUUACGUUUUGAGAGUUGGAGGUUACAACUGGGAGCUCAUGGAAAGAGUGCUCAAGUUCUGGAGCACUGGAGUAUCGGAUUCGUUGGGCAUGUGUUGCAGGAGGUUGUUAAGGGUGUCGAGUGUGUGUGGGAGUUGAUGGAGUAGAGGACAUGGGGGAUUUUGAAUUGAAGGCGUUUUAGGGCUUGGGGCUGCUAGUCCAGGUGUUGCAGUUUGCAGUGGAGCUUUGAGGAGGAGGUGAAGAAUUGAGGGAGAGUUUACUGUUGAAGUGAUAGGAGGGAGUCUGCACUUGCAACGAUGGCUGUUGCGGCAUUCAAAUCCACGACCCGUCGACAGUGGGACAUACGGGGGGUAGAGAUUGAGCCAUACUCUUCGCUGAACACGAGCCCGACGAGACGGUCUGUGUCGCGCAAUAUCUCUCCAACGCGCCGUUCGACGUCACGUAACCCUAGUCCAACUCGCCGCUCAACGUCAAAAGCUCCAAGUCCCACACGUCGUCGUUCGACAUCCAAAGAUCCUAGUUCCACGCGCAGACGUUCAGUUUCGAAGGCUCCCAGUCCAACUCGCAGACGUGCGGUGUCCAAGGCUCCUAGUCCAACUCGCAGACGUUCGGUGUCCAAGGCCCCCAGUCCAACUCGCAGACGCGCGACGUCUAAAGCUCCCAGUCCGACUCGCAGACGCUCGACGUCCAAAGCUCCCAGUCCUACUCGUGGUCGUCGCGGAGUGUCGCGCAAUCCAAGCCCAACUCGCCGCGCCGUAUCCAAAGCUCCGAGCCCCACGCGCCGGGCCGUAUCGAGAGUUGUGAGCCCUGUGAAAGCCAGGAGGCGCUCGCCCUCGCGAAAUCCAAGUCCCACUCGCGGACGUAGAGGUGUGUCACGGGGUCCGAGUCCAACUCGGGCUGCUCGUCUGACCCAAGUCACUCCUCCAAGCACUCAAUCUCACCCCGCCAGUCCAUCAAGACGACGGGAGCCUUCUGUAGGACUUCGCUCCCGUGCCACUUCUCCCCAGAGGAGCAGCAUCGUCAGGCCUGGGGAGCGCGUCCGUCGAAGAACUACUAAUGCUGCCACUACCGACGUGCCUUAUUCACCAUUUCUUCCCGGCUCUCCUGGUGCCUCCGAUUCUUCGCUCAUUCCGACUCGUCAGAGUGGAAUUGGGUUAAGGGGAUCGUCUCGGAUGGUCCCGAGCGAUUCCGAGAGAAGUACGGUCAGGACUCUUGCGAGCGACUCUGAGAGCGAGGUAGAGCCACGGUACAUGCGGAGAGCGGAUAGGACCGGAAGCAUAAGCACUCACCGGGAUAGCUCCGAUAACGAGAGCGUUCAGUCGUCAAGAUCUACAAGGAGGAACCCAAUUGGAAUGCGAGAUAGAGUGUCGCGAAGAACUUCGAGCACGCAAAUGGAGGUGCGAAGGUCAUUGGCCAAUUUGGAGCUCUCAGACUCAGCUACACCAGUCUACUAUCAGAAACCCAAACCUGCAAGUGUGGAGGAUCAUCACCAUCGCAUUGUUGGAAGAACCGAUGGAGACGUCCAAGUGGAGGGGAGAAUUGAGGAGAAGACUAUUCAAGAGGUUCACACGCAAACGAAAGUUCAUACCCUAUGUUACAAUUGCCUGUAUGAUGUGUCUGCGCCCACGGAUGCUCCUGUGGAUGCUGUAUCUCCCGUAGGGCCCAUAAAAUUGAAAGUGCUUGGCACUUCGAGAGAGGCUCCUGCGCCUGGAGACGUAGACUUCAUGGCUUUAUACACCGCGAGAUGUGAAGAGCUUCGGAAAGCUGUGUCAGAUGCGAGGAACGAGCUGGAGAAUGUCAAGGAGGAGAGUCUGCGGAAAGUUAUAGAAGCCAAGUUGGAGGUUUCAGAGAGGAAAGUCUCGGAACUUUGGUCACAGUAUGCCACCGAGGAACAAAGAUGUCUUCAUCUGGUGAAUGCUGUGAAGGACAUCAAAGAAGGGUCCGUAGACUCUUUGGAUGUGGAAACGGACGAACUACAGCAGCGGAUUCCUAUUCCGGUGGAGGACAUGAAGCCCCAGCACAAUCACCGAUAUCCAAUGGAGGACAUGGACGAGUCGGACUUUAUUAGACAAUCCCUAGAUGAGGAAGCGGCACGGUACUUUGAGGAGUGCGCGAUCAUUGCAAACUUCGAUGCAAAUGUCAUAGAUGUAGACGACAUAUCCGUGAGUAGUGGCAGGGUGAGUGACGGCGAGACGACGGUGUGUGACGAUCUCAGACCAUCUUCGAGGAGACAAAGCUCGGAUAGUCAAGAGGUAGUGUCGAUAAGGAAGAAGGAGAUUAAACCCCUUGAUGAUGAGGGCAUGCUAUUGCCUUGGUUGGAUUGGGAACCGGAAGUCGAUCUCGGAAGGAAGGAGCGCAUUGAGAAAGCAGUAUGCGACUUUCGAGAAUGGAAGAGUGCAUGGGCUCAGAAGUCAGUGGAGUGGGGGAGGAGUUCUAAUCGGGAGCGAGGAAAAGAUGAAGGUGUCGUGAACGUUGACGAGUUCCUGUUUGAGAGGACCCGAUUGCAACCUCGCAUUUCACAAGGCAGGAUGCUCGUCUGCGGCGGAAAGCGGUGACUGAAUUGUGACUUUAUGAGAGAAGAACGGGAUGAAGAUGUAAAGCAAAAUUUCAUUCACGAAAUCCACUCCUGAAGGCUGGAGAGGAUGAUGUAGUUUAUGGCGGGUAAAGAGCAUGGAAUGGAUUACUUGAUUCGUUGGAACAUGUUGAACAUGACUACUUGGAUAUCAUUCUCAAGGAGAUGCAGAAUUGACGGCAAGAAUUGCCUGUUACAACCAGCAGCUAGAAGAAUAACUACGAGCUACGUUUGUUACCUUGAUCUUCCCUUGAUUCGUAAAAGUCAAAGUUUGUAAUGUAUUGUACCACUUUCUGGAUUGUCAUUUCACUUCAAUCUGAAUAGAGAGCUGUGGUUUCCAAAUCAUCUUGUAAUGGUCUUUUAUGGCCCAUAUAGAGGUUCACUGCUGUGCACUAUUUUGAUUCUCA